AGCUUCAUCACGGAGUUUCUCUCGGUUUGUGGGCUCAUCUAAAGGACCAACGUGGAUCGAGAAGUCCGCGCUCUCAGGAGGCCGACAAUUUUGUUGACGAAAGAAGUGGAAGAAAAAAAUACAACCGUGACGAGUUUGGGAAAGAUUUUACUGUGAAAGCUUCCCUAAAAAUGCAUCAGGUCAUCCACACCGGAGAGAGACCGUUCAGCUGUGGAAACUGUGGAGAGUCUUUUACCAGGUCUGGAAGCUUAAAAACACACCAACUAAUCCACACUGGAGAGAGACCGUUCAGCUGUGACGAGUGUGGAAAUUCUUUUACGCAGGCUGGACACUUAAAAACACACAAACUCAUCCACAGUGGAGAGAGACCGUUCAGCUGUGGAGACUGUGGAAAGUCUUUUACCACGUCUGGACACUUAAAAAAUCACAAACUCAUCCACACUGGAGAGAGACCGUUCAUCUGUAGAGACUGUGGAAAGUCUUUUACCGAGUCUGGAACAUUAAAAACACACAAACUCAUCCACAGUGGAGAGAGACCGUUCAGCUGUGACGAGUGUGGAAAGUCUUUUACCCACUCUGGAAGCUUAAAAAGACACCAACUCAUCCACACUGGAGAGAGACCGUUCAGCUGUGACGAGUGUGGAAAGUCUUUUACCCACUCUGGAAACUUAAAAACACACAAACUCAUCCACACUGGAGAGAGACUGUUCAGCUGUGGAGACUGUGGAAAGUCUUUUACCCUCUCUGGAAACUUAAAAACACACCAACUAAUCCACACUGGAGAGAGACCGUUCAGCUGUGGAGACUGUGGAAAGUCUUUUACGCAGUCUGGAUACUUAAAAACACACCAACUGAUCCACACUGGAGAGAGACCAUUCAGCUGUGACGAGUGUGGAAAGUCUUUUACCCACUCUGGAAGCUUAAAAAGACACCAACCAAUCCACACUGGAGAGAGACCGUUCAGCUGUGGAGACUGUGGAAAGUCUUUACCCACUCUCGAACAUUAAAAUCACACCAACUCAUCCACACUGGAGAGAGACCAUUCAGCUGUGGAGACUGUGGAAAGUCUUUUACCACGUCUGGAAACUUAAAAGCACACCAACUCAUCCACAGUGGAGAGA